UCUGGGUCACGUGACUGCUGUGCUUCCGUGUCAGAGGGUGAACGGAUGAAUCACAUGGAAACAGAAAUGAGAAUAGAAACUAACACGGACAGUUACAGCGCUCGGUAAGACAGGCAAACAUAGCAAAGUUGUGGUUCAAAAUGAACCCAUCCUCCUGUGACACCUUUGUGGCCCUGCCCCCCUCCACUGAGGGACAGCGCAUCAUCUUUGGGAAAAACUCUGACAGGCCUUGUGAUGAAGUACAGGAGGUGGUGUAUUUUCCUGCCAGGGACUACAGUGCAGAGGAGAAGGUUGAGUGUACAUACAUAGAGAUUGAGCAGGUUGCUCACACUUACGCAGUUGUGUUGAGCAAACCAGCAUGGCUGUGGGGGGCAGAGAUGGGCGCAAAUGAGCAUCAAGUGUGUAUUGGAAAUGAGGCAGUGUGGGGCAGAGAGAGUGCUGAUGGUGACGAGGCUCUUCUCGGCAUGGAUCUUGUCAGGCUUGGACUUGAGAGGGCUGAUACAGCUGAGAAAGCGGUGGAUGUUAUUACUGAGCUGCUGGAGAAAUAUGGUCAGGGAGGAUCGUGCAUGGAGGAUGAGUGUGGCUUCACCUACCACAACAGCUUCCUCAUCUCUGACAGGAAGGAGGCAUGGCUGCUGGAAACGUCAGGGAAGUACUGGGCUGCAGAAAGAGUGGAAAGUGGAUAUCGCAACAUUUCAAACCAAUAUGGCAUAACGACUAAGAUAGACAAGGAACAUGCAGAAAUGAGGGAAUAUGCACAGAGAAAGGGCUGGUGGGACGGAAAGUCUCAGUUCAACUUUGCUACAGUCUACUCCUUUACGACUACAGCCAGAAUAGAAGCGUCUGGGAGCCGAUACUGUGAGGGGAAGAAGUUGCUGGAAAAGAGCAGCGGCCACAUCACUGCUGAGACAAUGAUGGACAUACUGAGGGAUAAAGAUAGUGGCAUCAACAUGGAAGGCAUGUUCAUGACUACAGGAAGUAUGGUGUCUGUGAUUCCCACGGAUCCUGCUCUGCCAGGAGUUCACUAUUUUACAGCAACACCAGACCCUGAAAGGUCUGUAUACAAGCCAUUCAUCUUUGUGAAGCACACUAAUCCGUUGAAGAUGACAACUUCUCCCAGUUAUGGUCCAGAUGACCCUGUAAAGAAGAAGCCCCGCUUCCAGAGCAAGCCUAACCGCAAACAUGAGUUGUUUGUCAAGCAUGAACUGGUGGCGGCCAUCAUUGACUCUUACAAGGACAGAGAAAAGAAGAUCACAGAGAGUAUGAGGCAGCUGGAAAAGGAGAAGAUGACACGGAUGGAGAAUUUUCUUUCCUUUGGCGUUGAGGAGCCUGAUUUAUUGGCAAAUCUGUUCUCAAGCUCUGUUGAGGAGGAGAUGGCUGUGUACAGCAAAAGCUGAGAGGCCUGCAGGUACUAACAGGUCUCCAGGGUGAAAAUAGCAGCUUGUGUCUCUGCAAUUUGUUUACCUUUGAGUCUGCUACAAGUACAAACAUGUUUGCAUGACAAAUCAGUAAAUCAAAACACAACAUGACAUUAAUUACCAUCAUCGUACAAAAAAUGAAGCGGCACAAGAUACUGAGACAGUAAAAUGUUGCAGAGGAUGGACUACAGGAAAAUAUUUGAUUUGUUAAUAGAAUUCUUUACCAGAAAUAUGGGACAGAACACAUUCAUUAUGUGAUAUGUGCUUUUAAAAUAAACUGAGAUCAUAAAUAUGCAGCUUGGCAGAAAUUGUGCCACACGUUGUAUUAAAGUAUUUUUAUGAAAAAAGACCAACAAUUGUUUUUACACCAUUUUUUUCCAGUGUUGUUGAGUUAAUAUUAGUAAAUACAAAUCGUUGCACUUAACAAGGAAAAAAGUUAGCUUUCCAAUAAAAUUAUUAUAUACCUGAGCAAAAUUUACAAGUAAAGGAGGAUACUAUGACCACCUUCAAGUGUCAAGCAUAUGCAUCAGCAGUCUUAGUUCUGACAGGUAUUUAAUUGAAGGGUCUUGCCACCACAUUCUGCAAUGAUGAUGGUAUUUUAAAAUGUUCAAAAGGCAGUUUGCUUUUGUUUUUGUUAAAUAAUAAUAAAACAUUAAUAACAAGGCU